AAGCCCCUCAUCAGUGUCAGGCCUCCUGUUACUAUCAACGGCUGUCUCCCCCAAUCCCAACCCCCAAAAACCCAUACUGUGAGUCGCCUAUAUGAAGAGAACUAAAUAAUCCUGCCUGUUACUCCCUUCCUCGGAGUGAGGACUUUGCCAGCUGUCUGAAGAAUCUUCUCUGCUGGGAGUAUAUCUAAAACAUUUUAAGCAGAGGUGUAGGAUGCAGGCUGUAUAUGAUAAGAGGGGGAGAUUCCUAGAAGCUGCCUGCCACAGAGGAGCGACUUGGGUUGGUGACCUUCCCUACAGUUCAUACCCCAACUUUUGGCUCCUCCAGUCUGAUCCCAAGUUUAGAGAUCCUUGGCAUCAGCCUACCUAGAAGUUCUUGCUCCCUCCCUAGGGGAGUCCAAGGGCCACUGCUCUCUGCCGCCCCCUUCUGUCACCCAAUCAGCCUGGGACCCACUAACUCCUCAAGUGGUGAGAAUCUGGGACUGCUAUGUGGGCCUGCCUUCAGUUAGGGACUGGACCCAGCACCAGAAAGGGCACCACAAAAUUAAGUUAAAGAAAGAGACGGCCCAGUUUCUGGCUGGGGCCAAAGCUACAGCAGAUUGUGGCUGGGGAGAAGACUUGGUCUUAAAGGGGAGAGAUGGGUGCACACCCAAAAGCAUUUGUUUUCUGCCUUCCGAAGACCUCUGGACCGACAAGUCCAGGGAAGACCAGAAAGUAUGUAGCGCACAGCCAAGUGAUGACGAAGGUCUAUGACAAGCCCGAGGAACCUGGGAGAUUUCCUUGGGAUUUCCUCAGUGGCUACACCCAACAAGCCUUGGGACACAAGAGGAAGGCCUAAGCCCUAUCCCAAGAGAAAGCCUACUCCCUAGAGAGUGGCUGACCCUACAGCAGACGACUGCAACAAGAUAAGGGCUGGAUUACUGUGUUAUGACUUGGUUUAUGUUUCAAAUAUAGAGCAGGACUUGCAGAUUGAGAUCCCUGGACCAGGAGUGGGAAAUUCUUAAAGGAGCCAGGGGCACUGAACUUGGCAGCAUACCCCCAUCCUAGGCAGCUCCCAGCUUCCUGGAAAGGACUGGAUAAAGAUGAAUAGGAGCUUUGCAUUGCGGGGAGGGGGUAAAGAACGGAGUGACAGCUGGAUAUGGGAUUAGGAGAGAAGCGGCUAUAGCUGGAGGGUGGGAUGCAGGGGGUAUAGCAGUUGGACAUGAGGGUGUGACUGAACCCGGGUAGGGAGAGGGGAUGUUCCUCUAGGCCCAGGAAGGAGGCUGGAAUUUGAGUAAAACAAAGAUGUAAUUGAGUGCUUGAGUCCAAUGUCUUCAACAAGUCAGGGACUGGAUCUGGAGACCCUAGGCCCCUGCUGGCAAGAGGUUGGCAUUCCUGGAACAGGACUAGAUAAAAACAGGAAGGUAAGAUUCACUGGGCCUUUUACCUGUUUUGACAACAGUAACCUAGCACCAAAGAGCUUUUAUCUUCCCUCCUUAUCUACCCCACCUUUCCUCCCUGUCUCAUCAUCCUGGGGAAAGCUGCCCCACCUCAGCAUCUCCAAAACACCCUUAAUAUUACCAUAAAGGGCCUUCCCCCAGCUUCUCUGAAUGUGGCUGGCCUCAGCCAAGAACCCUCCUCAGCCAGAAGGGCCUGCUCUAGGGACCCAUUCCCAUCAGUUUCUUCUGAUAAGACAGGCAGGCCAAGCCAGGAAGUGGGGAGGAGAAGGUGAAGGCAAGUUGGUGCUGGCCUGCCCUCUGCUCCCACCCCACCCACAACUCCCCUAUCAGAAUCUGUGUGUGCUAGUGUGAAUUUGCUUGUGAUUGGAUGACUGUGAAAACAACUGGGUGGGAGAGGGACUUUGAGUAUAACCGGGGCUAUAUAAUUUUGUCUAUGGUUGUCUGAUCAUGAGUAUGACUUUGUGAGGUUGACCAAGUGAUUGAGGAGUGACUUUGAAUGUGUGGCUAUGCGUAUUUGAGUGUGAAUGUCUAUCAUUAGAUGCUGCUGUGGAUGCUUGACUGCCCUUACUCACUGUUCCAUCAGUCCCUACAUCACACACUAAUCCUUCCCCCAGCUUCACUGCCCAGAGCUUAGGAGCACAUGGGAAAUGGCUAUCCUAGAUGAGGAAGGAGUCUGUGGCAACAGGCCGAGAAUUAGGGCCCAGGAGUGUCACAGGUUACACAGUACAUCUCCAACUGCCUCUGACUCACCUAGUGCCCCAGGUAAAAGGCACCCAGAUAAAAGGUAGGGGAGGAGGAGAGAGAGAGAAGGAAGAGUCUAGGCUGAGCAACAUGAAGGGGCCCCCAACCUUCUGCAGCCUCCUGCUGCUGUCAUUGCUCCUGAGCCCAGACCCUACAGCAGCAUUCCUACUGCCACCCAGCACUGCCUGCUGUACUCAGCUCUACCGAAAGCCACUCUCAGACAAGCUACUGAGGAAGGUCAUCCAGGUGGAACUGCAGGAGGCUGAUGGGGACUGUCACCUCCAGGCUUUCGUGCUUCACCUGGCUCAACGCAGCAUCUGCAUCCACCCCCAGAACCCCAGCCUGUCACAGUGGUUUGAGCACCAAGAGAGAAAGCUCCAUGGGACUCUGCCCAAGCUGAAUUUUGGGAUGCUAAGGAAAAUGGGCUGAAGCCCCCAGUAGCCAAAUAAUAAAGCAGCAUUGGAUAAUAAUCUCUGAGUAUAAUCUCCA